AUGAGACAAAAUGUGCAUGUGAAUCUGCCCGUACCUCACUGCCAACCAGCUCGGGGACUGCUGCCCAUUAUACUCAGCCGCCUGCACGGUAGUCUCCAGCUGCGUCGUCAGGAGACUUGGCCCACAGCUCUUCGCCUUGCUGCCAUGCUCAUACGCAUUUGGCCAUCACCAACAUUUGAAACUCCCCUCAAGCAAGUAAAGCUAGAGCAGGCAGAACAGGAGGCAGAUGGUGAUGAGAAAAUGAAGUCACUAGAAGUUAACGACGAUGAGCAGAUUAAAUUGUCAGUAGAUUCUGAGAGAACGGUUAAUAAACUACUAGUGCCGCGCCUUUUGCCGGAUGCGAUCGUCACGCUGCUGCGUUUUAUUGGCCAGUUGCGAGACAGUCUGGCUGUCCUUGAGGAAGGCACAGGAGAGGCAACCAAGUCUGGCAUCAAGGAUCUUCAUCUGGAUCUGGUGGCUGAAGAAGCUGAUCGUGUCGUGCUGGUUGCUUUGGAGAGCUGGGGCCUUGAGCCAGUUUUACAUCAGGCCCUUCCUUUAGAGCCCCUGUUGCAACAGUUGUAA